AUGAUCGACUACGACAAGUACGAGCACAUCAAGUCCCACUUCAAGCUAUUCGAGAGCAAGCUCGGCCAGGCCGGGCCCACCCUCAUCACCCUCCGCACCCGCGAGGAGCCGCCCCCCGAAGAGGUCAACCCUAACGCCAUCGUCGAGAAGGUGCCCGCCCUGCCCAUCACCAACAUUCGCAAAAUGGCCCUCUCUUCGAAGUUCCCCACCGGGCACAGCCGCACCGUGUUCACCCUGGUCAAGGUCAAGGACCGCGUGGUCACGGGCAGCGAUGACGGCAGCAUCCGGAUCUUUGACGCCGUGACCUACGAGCAGAUCACCAGCCAGCCCUGCCACGCUGCGGGCAUCCGCGCCAUCGCGCAGUUGCCGAACAACAUGAUCGCAACCGGCAGCUACGACAAGACGGUCAAGAUCUGGAACAUCGAGCAGUUCCUGGGGGAGGCCGGCGUGAUCGCCCUGCAGUACCUGAACGACGGGGUGAGCCUGGCCUCGGGGUCAGCGGACUACUCGAUCAAGAUCUGGAACGUGGGGACAGGAACCUGCCGCAACUUCACGGGGCACAUGAACGACAUCCUGUGCUUCGCGUGCUCCUACAACGGCAACCUGCUCGUCUCGGGCUCGGCAGACCGCACCAUCAAGUCUUGGUCCCUGUCCCGCAAGUACUCGAACACCUGCCUCAAGACCAUGACCGGGCACACCGACGCGGUGUGGACGAUAGCCCUGCUGCCCGACCAGACCACGCUCUUCAGCGGCUCGCUGGACAAGUCGAUCCGCAUGUGGAACGUGGGAUUGGGGUCGCUGCUGAAGACCACGGUGAACGCGCACGCCUCGCACAUCACGCGGGUGCUGUACUUCGCGGAGGGCGUGCUGGCCAGCUGCUCGCAGGACGGCUGCAUCAAGCUCUGGGACUACCGCGCCAACAUCGAGGUGCACGCCCUGGCCGGCAAGAAGGCCGGCUUUACCACCAUGAUCGCCGGCGACGGGGGCUCGCUGCUGAGCGUCAACCAGGAGAAGGACGUGGAGGUCUGGGACUGA